UGUUGGGUUUCCGGUUUCCGGUUUCCGGUUUCCGACCGCCACGAGACGACGAGACUUCCGCCUCCGCCGUCGCCGUCGCCGUCGCCGCCGGUCUCGGCGUGGUGUCCCGAGAGGGCGAGGUCGCCGUGAGAUCCGGUGCCGCCCGCCCCGUGGCUUCCUGCUCCCCCCCCCCAGCUGAAAGAUGGGGAGGAUACCGUCUCUGAAAAAUUUCAAUGCCUUCCCACACGCGGAAGAUCAUUUACUAAAGAAAACUUACUCCGGUGCUAUCGUCACGAUUUUUGGAUUAAUUAUAAUGAUUACAUUAUUCGUGCACGAGCUCAAAUUUUAUCUUACCACCUAUACUGUUCAUCAGAUGUCAGUAGAUCUCAAACGAGGAGAAACUCUCCCGAUUCAUAUAAAUAUGUCGUUUCCCUCUUUACCAUGUGAAGUCUUAAGUGUGGAUGCAAUUGACAUGUCGGGCAAGCAUGAAGUGGACUUGCAUACAAAUAUUUGGAAGCUUCGCUUGGAUAAGUAUGGCCAUAUCAUUGGUACCGAGUAUUUGAAUGAUCUAGUUGAAAAGGAGCAUGGGACUCACGAUCAUGAUCAUGACCAUGAGCAUAAAGAUGAUGAACAGAAGAAGCAGGAGCACACCUUUAAUGAAGAUGCAGAUAAAAUGGUUAAGAGUGUCAAAAAAGCAAUGGAAAAUGGCGAAGGAUGCCGAGUGUAUGGGGUUCUAGAUGUGCAGAGGGUUGCUGGUAACUUCCAUAUCUCGGUUCAUGGUUUAAACAUUUUUGUUGCUGAGAAGAUUUUUGAUGGGUCAAGCCAUGUGAACGUCAGUCAUGUCAUCCAUGAUCUAUCAUUUGGUCCGAAGUAUCCUGGACUUCACAAUCCACUCGAUGAUACUACAAGGAUACUCCAUGACACAAGUGGUACUUUCAAAUACUAUAUCAAGAUUGUUCCAACCGAGUACAGAUACCUCUCAAAGCAGGUGUUGCCAACAAAUCAGUUUUCUGUCACUGAGUAUUUUGUUCCUAAACGCGCAACUGAUAGGUCCUCCUGGCCAGCUGUGUAUUUCUUGUAUGAUCUCUCACCAAUUACAGUCACAAUCAAAGAAGAAAGAAGGAACUUCCUGCAUUUCAUCACCCGCUUAUGUGCAGUUCUUGGCGGUACCUUUGCAAUGACAGGAAUGCUUGACCGAUGGAUGUACCGGCUUAUUGAGUCGGUCACGAAAUCAAAGACCAGAAGUGUACUACGGUAAUUGCGCAUCACAUGAUAUCACAUGAUAUGUGAAGGCAAACUGUGACAACCUUGUGGUCACUGGUCAUACGAAUCAGUCAGAGCAUAUUGUCUCAGAUACGGUCAACCCCUGUGGGUUUUCAUAUUUCCAUAUGCUCUGUGCAACUGAUAACUUAAAAUAUGUUGCUAGCUUUGUCAUUAAUCACUCACUCAUGUUAGAUUGGUACGGCUCAUAACAGUUUUGUAAUACACAAACCGAAGAUGCCAGCUAUGUUUGGUCUGGGGAACUAAAACUUUUUGCCUUGUAUCAUGGAGAAA